GAGAAAGAAAAGGAGGGACUCCUGCUCAAUCAAUUUCAAGCGCACACAACACAUCAAAUUCCUCUCCCAACUUUUUUCCUUUUGUCCAAAAAUAAAAACACCUGCGUAAUUCUUCGCGGUUUUUAGAAACUAUUUCUGCUUCCGAUUUCUGUCUUUAUUUUUAUUUUUUUCUGAAUUUGACUGAUCGGUGGGAGUUUCCGGUCGAAUGGAUCGGAGGGAGCUUUGGGUUUUCAAUUGAGGGAGGAUUUGAGAGAAGGUAGGUAGGUUUUGGGGUGUGGAUGAUUUCUGUGGGGGGUAGGGAUGGGAGGAAGGGGCUAGGGUUAGGAUUCGGAGGAGGUGCGAGAGAGAUGGACGAUUCCGAGCUUGAAGAAGGCGAGGCUUGUUCUUCUCAAAUCAAUGAAUACGAUCCGAAUAUCGACCCUGAUGUUCAUCUUGCUUACAUCGAUGAUAAAAUUCAGGAUGUUUUGGGACACUUCCAGAAAGAUUUUGAAGGUGGGGUGUCUGCUGAGAAUCUAGGGGCAAAGUUCGGUGGGUAUGGCUCAUUUUUACCUAGCUAUCAGCGGUCUCCAGUCUGGUCUCAUCCGAGGACUCCAGCAAAAAUUCAGAAUAAUGGCUUACCCAAAUCUCCCAACAGUCUAAAACUCGAGGGUGGCCAUCGUAACAAUGCAAGUUGUUAUGCUGUAUCUCAGUCUGUGGGACUUGGAACUGCUUCUACCAGUUCUAUUUCACUUGUUGCGCCUAAGGCACCAUCAGCAAACAUUCCAGUCAAACAAGACGUGAGUGUAUCAUCUAAUCGAGCUGAUUUGUAUCCUCCUGAACAGGAAUCUGCAACGAAGAAACCUAUUAAAAUACCAGACCAGAAAACUCUCAAAGUACGACUUAAAGUGGGUUCGGAUAACUUGUCGACACGAAAAAAUGAUAUCUAUAGUGGGCUUGGCCUUGACGGUACACCAUCUUCCUCACUUGAUGAUUCUUCAGAUAGUGAAGGAAUAUCUCAUGACCCUCAAGAUGCCCUAUUUGAAUCUCCCACUAGUAUUCUCCAGAUUAUGACAUCCUGUCCGGUGUAUGAGGGUAUGCUUUUGUCACCUCUUCCUGAAGAUUUAAUUUAUUUAACUGAAAAGGAAAUGAUUGCAAAAGAAGUCAGAUCUCUUCCUCUUCCAAGGGAUGGCUCGGAAAGAUCUGGGUUCCUAGUACAUGGAGCAAAUACCAGGGAGGGUAGUGGAAAAGUGUCUGGGGCGAGGAAAACAAAAUCAGUUGAAAGAAAUGAUCUUUCUGCAGAAUCAAAGAGUGGGAACAAUAAGGAUGGAAUUCGGCUUCUGGCGAAAAAAGAUCAAGAUAUCGAUACAUUUGCUUGCGAAGAGCUUGUUUCUAAAACGUUGAAGCUCCCACUUCUAUCCAAUUCAUACUCUUCUGUCAAUGAUGUGACAAAGAGUAAAGAAGCAGAUAAGAAUGUUGUAAGGGAUAAAGGCUUCCCUUGUCAAGCAGAAGAUGAGCCUAUGGAGCCAACAUCCAACCAAGAGCAAAACUGGGUUGAAAAGCGAAAAGCCAGUUUGGAUGGAAAGGUUCAUGAAGAUAGAAAAGUAAGUUCUAGCAAUAUUGUUUCGAGACCUCCAAAGAAAAAUGGCCAUCGCAAAGAGAAAAGUAAUGAAUCAGCAAAAGCAGACUCAAAUGUUUCUAAAGGGAGGAAAUCUCUAAGUACUGAAAUGAUGGACCAGUCAAAGCAAAGGGGCAGUCAGAAGGGUUUAGCCCAUGAGGUAGAUGAUAUGAGAUUUCUUUCUGGGAAGGAGCAGCUUUUACCUGGCGAAAAAAGGAAAUCAAAAGAAAUUCCAAGGACUCUAGUUACAGACUUUCCAAAAGAAAGCUCCAGGGCCGGUUCUUCUUCAAUGCCCAAAGGAAAGAGUACGCAUGUAAACAAGCUUACAUCCAAUGGUGAGUCAGAAAGCUUGAGAAAGGGCCCUGAUAAAAGCAGGGAUACCUAUAGAGAUUUCUUUGGGGAUGAAGAAGAAGAGAACCUAAUUGAUUCAUUGCAAUUGCCUUCUGAAGUUAAGCUUAAGGAGUCUGAUGCUGUUGCAAAAAGCGCAUAUGCAGUUAAUGUCUCAUCAAGAGAGAAACCAAAUAGCAAGACAAUUGAUUCACAUCCUGUUACAGCUUCAAAUAUAGCUCAACGCCCAGGAAAUGGACCCAUUUCUGAUGCAGCUCCUGCAACAGGGGCUCCUGCAUUAAUGGAAGACUAUUGGGUGCAGUGUGACAAGUGUCUAAAAUGGCGGCUUCUUCCACAUGGUACCACUCCCGACAACCUACCAGAGAAGUGGCUAUGUAGCAUGCUCAAUUGGCUGCCUGGGAUGAACCGGUGUAGUGUAACGGAGGAGGAAACAACAGAGAAGACAAAAGCCUUAAUUGCACAAUACCAUGUUCCUGCACCUGGGAGUCAAACUAAUCUUCUCAAUAAUCCUGGUGGCUCUAUGGAAGGUGUGGCACUGGCUAAUUUUCGGCACCCUGAUCAAAACCCCCAAAAUUUUGGUGUGCAUGCCAUCCCUGGUGGUGGGAUGAAAAAAAAUGGAUUGAAAGAAGUGUCAAAGGCAAGUGAUAAAGAUGGUUCUGUCCUGCUGCCAGGCUCUAUGAAGAACAUACAGGCAUCACUGAAGAGUAAAAGCUUGAAUGAUGUUAACCAAUCUUCACCUCUGAACGAGCCCAAUUUUCAGCAGUUAAGCAAUUCCAGUGGCUUGGCAGUGGAGAAACGGAAGCAUAAGCACAAAGAUAAGCAAACAGUUUUAGGUUCCUCUUAUGAUGGAGGUCAUAUCAACAAUUUAAAGAUUAAGAACAGAAGGGACUUUGAUCCAGAUACUUCUAGAGCUCCAAAGAAAAUCAAGAGCGAAGGUAGGCGUAUGACUGAUGAAGAAUGGGCAUCAGAUCACCACGGACCUGAUGGCGAGGUUGGUCCUAGCUCAAGUAGUGGUUUUCUGACUACUGAAGCAGGAAAAGAUCGACUUAAGGACAGGCUAGGGGCUGCUACUCUUACCAAAGUGAAAGAUGAAGUUUGCAUGGGUAAUGUUAUCAGAGAUAGACCGAAAAAGAGAAAACUGAGGGAAUAUCCUGAAAUUCAUGAGGGUUCCCUUCCAGACCGUUCCGUUGCAGUGAAGGAAGAGUUUAGUGAGAAUGACUGUAGGAAGGAAAAGAAGGCAAGAGUAUCUAAAUCUGAGGCAAAAGAGUCCAGUGCAAGCAAAGGCAGUGGUAGAACAGACAAAAAGAGUAGCCAUAUAAAGAAGCAACAAUCUGCGAAGAAUACAAGCAUUAGAAUUCAGCGGAGUCAGAAUGGUAUGGAUUCUUUGAAGAAGGAUUCGGGAUCUGUUCAGGUUUCUGUGGCUGCCACUUCAAGCUCUUCCAAAGUUUCUGGCUCCCAAAAGACCAAAUCCAGCUUUCAAGAAAUUAAAGGUUCGCCUGUAGAAUCGGUUUCAUCAUCACCUAUGAGAAUCUUACACCCUGAUAAGCAUGAAUUAGUACCUAGAGACCUCAGGCCAAAGGACGAGUCACAAGAUGCUGGUCGUUUGUCGUUAGGUAGCCCACAACGAUGCUCAGAUGGUGAAGAUGACAGCAGGAUUGAUCGAUCUGGGACAGCGAGAAAGGAUAAAGUUCCCUCCGGGGCUUAUCAUAGGUCUGAACCUUCAGUACUUGAUGUUCAGGACAGAGAUCGUAGUCGCAUAUCUGGUGGUAAAGCUAGGGGACAGAUUGUAGCAUCUCCGGAUAUUACGAAUAAUUUUCCUGUGAAUGGUGCUUUGGAUAAUUCAGGACCAGAUAGUCGUUCUCCUAUUAAACCACUAGUUCCAAGUCAAUUUGCUGGUGAAGACAGAGGGAAUGGCAGCCAUUAUAACGCUCUGGGGUCUCGCCCAAGAAAUUCAGGAAAGAGCCACUCUUCACGGUCAAAGGACAAGCAGAGCUACGAAUCUGAUUUGGACAUGGGGAAGGCCAGGAAUUCUAAUGUUGUCAAUGAACAGCAUGACCAUUCACCAUCACUUGGAAUGAAACCUAGAGAUGUUAAAAACAAAUUGCCGGAGAAGGUGAACAAAUAUGGUGAAACUGAGAACAAAUAUGUUAGUAAAAAAGAUUUGCUGGGGAAGUCCUUGAAUGAGAGUAGCAAAAGGGAGAACCAGUCUAAUUUUGGGGGGCAUGAUGGCCCAGAUGUUAGACUAGAUGCUAUUUACCCAAGAGACGCGAUUUCGACUCCGAAGAAGCAGCCAGAAUCUGAUAGUGAAAGGUCUUCAAAGAGAAUUCCUUCUGGAAGAAGUGACCGAGUAGAUGCAGGUUCGACAAGGGGAAAGUCACUGCCCUUGCCACCCUCUGGAGGAGCUCAACCAGAAAUGACUCGUUGUCCCCGACCAGUCUCUGGUUCUCACAAAGGUAAUGGAGCAGAUAUAUUACAAGUAGAUGGCUCUGAAGGUAAUGAUUCAGUCAAGGUGCAAAUGCGGAACAGAAAAGCUGAUACUCAGAAUGGAACUCAGCAUAUUAGUUCAAGACAUCGUGCACAGAAUGGGCAUAGACCUAGGGAUCUUGAUGCCCCUAGUCCAGCUAGAAGGGAUUCUUCCACCCCGGCCUAUAUGUGUAUUCUGAAAGAAGCUAAAGAUAUGAAACACCUUGCUGAUCGUUACAAGAACAAUGAGGAAAAUGAUAGUACGGGGCUUUACUUCCAGGCGGUCCUGAAAUUUCUUCACGCUGCAUCUCUCUUAGAAUCUGCCAACACUGAGAGUGCCAAGCAUAAUGAAUCCAUGCAAAUUUAUAGAAGCACUGCAGCACUAUGCCAGUUUUGUGCUCAUGAAUAUGAAAAAUCCAAAGACAUGGCUUCUGCUGCUUUGGCCUUCAAAUGCUUGGAGGUGGCUUAUUUGAAAGUGAUCUACUCCUCGCAUUCCAGUGCAGGCAGAGACCGACAUGAGUUGCAAACAGCUUUACAAAUGGUUCCUCCUGGUGAAUCUCCGUCUUCCUCUGCCUCUGAUGUUGACAACUUAAACAAUCCCUCAACCGCAGACAAGGUUCCCUUACCUAAGGGAGUCAGCUCACCCCAAGUUGCUGGAAACCAUGUCAUUGCUGCUCGAAAUCGUCCCAAUUUUGUCCGGAUGCUGAAAUUUACACAAGAUGUACAUAAUGCAAUGGACGCAUCAAAGAGAUCACAUCUUGCUUUUGCAGCUGCUGUGGGAGAAUCUAAGUAUUCCGAAUGCAUCUCUUCCAUUAAAAGGGCUCUUGACUUUAACUUCCAGGAUGUAGAGGGAUUACUACGUUUGGUACGGCUUGCAACGGAAGCCAUUAGCAAUAUCCGUCAGAAGAGUCCAGAUGGUGGUGGGGAUGAUAUUAAUACAUGAAGACCAUAUUGGUGAGUCCUUGGGUCUCAUGCAGUGAAGGGAUGACCUGGAUAUUUCUGCUGUACAGCUUGGAACUUGUACCGGGAGAUCUGGUUGUCACCAAAAUUUUUCUGUUCAUAUAUACUGAGGAGCUUCUACCCAAUUUAUUCUCUGUGAUCCUAGAUCUGUUUUCCAUCACUGUAUGGAUCCAAAGUGGGUCAUCGGAUCUCAAUAACCAAUAGUCAUUUCGAGGACUUUGAACCAUCACUAUUUAAGGCUCUUCUGAAAAAGAUUCUGAGCAGCAUUCAAAAGGUGGAUAUGAAGAAUGUGUUGGAAGAUAUAAUAGUUCUACAUAAUGAUGAGAACCACAUGUUCAAUUGGGGCUUUCUUCUUCAGCUGGUUAACUUAUCUUAACAAUCUGUUAUCUGCAUUGCAAGUCUUCCAGUAUGUGCAUGAAUUGUCUGAUCUUACUUUACAGAAUGAGCCAUAUCGGCACUAUGUAAAGAGAGCUAAAAAAAUUGGAAGUUGCAGGUUGUUCCUUCACUUUGUCUCCUUGCUGCCUUAAUAGAGAUCGAAUCAGAAAACUGUGUAAAUGAGACUAUUGUCAGUGCUAUCCAUGAAACUCCCAGUGCUGGGGUUCUGCUUUUCUUACAUCAAAGUGGCAACUUUUGUAUAUAAAAGACAUCUGUGUGAAGAGAAGGGGAGGUGGAUAUUUUUUAGGUCUUUCCUUCAGAUCUCACAGGUUGAGCAACUGGGGCAGGUGCAGCUAUAGGUAGUACUGAAUUUGAUGUGAUAUUCUUGUUCAAAAUUUUCUUUGAUGUUGGUAUAUAGUUUUAUACUUUAAACUUAACCCAUAGCAAUAACAUUCAUAUAGGUUUAGAUAAUAAAGUUUAAUUAUUUCAAUUGGCCAUUGGAUGUAUCAAUAAAAUUCAUCUCCGAUGAUUAGCGGAGCAUAUCAAUAAAGUUACCUCUUCAUUUCCUGAA